ACAAGUCCUGGAACAUCAAUCAACAAUGACAGAACCGAUGUCUCCUCCCAGAUUGGAACAACAACCGCUAAUUCAGAACAGCAUGACGUCACAACUGGGACAGCAGAACCCGCAAUUGAUGACCGCCGGAGAGCUAGGAGCCCAGGCGAGGACGAACCAAAGUGUCUAACAACAGGGAGAGGCCCUACAGUCCAUCUACGAAGUCCAGCACUUCGAAACGGGGGAGUAAAUGCUCUUCUCGACACCGGUUCCGACCUUAAUCUGCUCUGCAUCGAAGAACUAUGCGACGAGGCCCUCUGUAACAUCGAAAAUACGGGAGUAGUCGGAGGCAUUGCUACAAGCUCAAUGCCUAUAACCGGUUCAAUAAAUCUUAAAACAUUCGGAGUUAAAAUCAAAUUUCAUCUCGUACCAGAACCACCUGGUGGUUAUAGGGCUAUUCUCGGAAAUGAAUAUUUUGUUCAAAAUCGUGUAACCAUCUCGUUUUACUGGAACACCCUAGUAAUGAAAAAUAGACUUAUAAAUCCAAUACCGAUAAUUAACCCACGAAAGUUUCCUGAGCAAAAAAUCCUCGUUCUAGGAACAGGGCCGAAAAUUUACAUCUCGUGUAAUCUGCUCCUAGCGAUUCCUCAUCGAUACCGGGGGGAUGUGUGCCUCAUCAAUGCAUCCGCUUUAAAACCCGAAGCAAUUAUCGAUAUUGGAAAAGCUCGAAAAUUCCGUGGUCUCAGCGACAAUACCUUUCAGACCUUAGGGAUAGUUAAAUUAAAAAUUCUCAAUAUCGAAGUCGAGUUUCAAGUUUGUCAAGAGGAUUUACCAUUCCCCGGAGUGGGAAUCCUGGGAAACAAUUUUCUUGAAACUGAAAAAGCAGAAAUUUCUUAUAAUAAUCAAACUUUAGUUUUAUUAUCUUGUCCAACGAAGACAACAUCCUUUAGCCUUGAUACAAAGCCUUCUUCAAGCUACACAUUACCACCUCGUAUGAAAAUGGUAGUAGCAGUGCCUGUCCAAGAUUUCGAAAAGAGCGAGGGAUACCUUCCUCGAAUGAAUCUUCCGGACGGAGUGCUCGGAGGAGAGGCCGUUGUCCAAGUAGAGGAUGGCUAUGCUACUUGCAUGGUUAUUAAUCUUAAUUCAAAUCCAGUUGACAUAGACAUCGGACCCCAAGCACUCGAAGAGUUCGAGUUCAUCUUUCACGAUACUGAAACUCGAUACACAGAUGUAGAAAAACAAUGUCUCGCGGUAGUUUACGCAAUUCAACAAUUCAGACCGUUUCUCCAAAAACAUUUUACUCUCAUAAAUAGUAGCCCUUGUGUUACCUGGUUAAGAGAUAGUGCAACUGUCACCGAAAGACAAGCCAAAUGGCGCUCUAAAUUAAGUAGAUAUGAAUUUAAUGUCGUAGUCCGCCACAAAAUUACCGCGCAAUACGCGGAAGGGCUCUCGUAUAACCCAGAAGGUCGUCCUGAACCUUCAGGAAACCCGAUAAAUAAUAACACCGAAAAUAAUCCUCUAGCAUUACCGAUUUCUGCUAUACCAAAAUCAAAAGGAUCGGGUAAGAAACUCUCUGACUUGGAGGCGAUUCAAGCGGUCAAACGCCCCGGUCGCCCGGUUCCGAAAUCUAAAAAUCGACCAAGAGUCAGCAGUGCUCCCGAAGUGAGAGAUACAAUAGCCUCUCGAAAAGGGAGAUGGGGAAAAACGCGAGUCCCACCGAAAAUAAAUUAUCACGAAACUAGCAACAUCGAUAUAACUUCAGAAGACCCGGAGAAGACACAGGAAACCGGAAAUGAAGAACAGGGGGACGACGAAGUCUUCCUACCAGUUUCCACACCAGGACCAUCCACGAGUAAUCCGACUCCAGACAUUGGGCAAGAGGGGGACGAUGAAUCAGAGAAGGAAGAUGAAGCCGAAAAGGACAACGAAACGAUCGUUCCACAAAAACAACGACGAAAAACUCGCGAACUAGUAAAAAUGUUCGAUGAGCUCCUCCAAAGGCGGCCUCCAGCAGAAAAUAUAUACACAGAGAGAGCACUAGAAAGAAUCCGCAGAGAAGAAGCAAUAUCUAAUUAUACUCCUCAAGAGUAUGCCGAAAUAAAACGAACUAGUUCCGACACCGCGAAAAAUAUUCGCCAAUCAUUAAACAAACUUCCACCUCUCUGGCAAAGUGAAGAUGACUCGUUAAAUGAAGAUACAGCACCCGAAAUUAAUGUUGACGAAUUUCUGAGAGAUAACAGCGAUCAGCCUGAAGAAGGAUCAAGCGAUAUCAGCCCAGAAGAAACCGGAGGAGUCGAAGAUCUCAGCGAAGUGGAGCAUCCCAUCAUCAUAGAGCCAAGGCCUCCGACCUCAGCAGACGACAUUAAUACAAGAAACGUCAUCGAUACAGAUGAUGAAGAAAAUGAAUCCGACAAAAAUACUCUAACUCCUCGAAACGUAAAUCGAUCUCGGUUUACAGGGUAUUUAGGAGACGGUCCAGAACCUCGAACUCCAAUAUUCGGAAGAGUUCUCAUACCUGAUGAGCUAGCGGCUAUGGGUAUCCGUUAUGACCACGCAAGCCGCCAAAUCGUAGACGAAAACGGUAAGGGAAUAAACGAAACGGCCGAAACCGAAUCGGCCGACCCCAAUAACACCCCUAUCGAAUCGGAACGGGGACGAUCAAGCGAAAAUUCGUCAAAUAUAAUUAGAUUAACGAGUCCACAAAAUAACAAUAAAAAUAAAUCGCAAAAUAGUUCAGGAAAAUCUAGCGAUUCAGAUAAAAACAAAGAUAGGCCAACUACAAGCGGGAAUGCAACAGUGGGGGAUGACGUCGGGAACCGCCGAUUCGGACCACCCUUUGUCGCCUACGACCCACCAACUUUCGAAGAGGCGGAAGAUAUCUUUGCCGAAAGACGUCAUCGGCCAAGGAUAUCUUCACCCUCAAGUUCAGACGAAAGUAUACCCCCAAAAGGCCCCGAAAUAAAAAUUAAAUUUUCAAUCAGCCGAGACGGGCUCACUUAUGCCCGGGAUCAUUUAGUACACUUUUUAGCAGCCGAUUGCGAGAUAAUUAAACCCGUAGCGAAGCUGCUCCGCGACUUAAAAUUUAUAAAUGCCGAUGAUCUUCAUGCCUCGAAACCUACAAAAGGAGACGUAUUUGUCACCAAGCUAGGUCGUUGCAAAAUUUUUACGGUAUUUAUCAAAACAAAACAUUUCGAAAAAUUAGACCCCAUCGAUCUGAUCGAAGGAUUGAGAAAUCUUCGCCAGUCGAUGCAUAAACACGACAUUCACUCGCUUCGCUGUGCAAAGCAGGGGGAUGAAUUCGAUGAUUUAGAUAUUCAGGCUUAUCUAUUACACGAGUUAAGAGAU